AUGGUAACAGUACUGGCCACAGGGUACAAAGGAGUCAUCACAUCCCUGUUGUGUAACGUACCCCUGGAUGGGGAGCUUACCGAGUACACGUCUUUGAAGAUGGCGGAGUCCAUGGGCUCGGCUGCUUGCUUCGUGAACUUCCCAGAAGAAAUCGUACAUCGGGCUUGGCCCCACUCGGACUACGAACAGAUGGUCGAAAAAAAUUACGAUUGCUUGGAUUCAUCAGGAAAGCUGCUUGCGAAAGCUGGCAAGAGGGCCUGGUUCGUUUUCAAGCCUAGCUCGGACGAGGCUGUAAGCCUCAAAGAAGAGCUCUUUCGAUUCGGCUUCGUGCAGACGAACACGCUCCUGUCGCCCGUAAUCACGGGACCUCGGUUAAGAUCGAAUUCGCCGUACUACGGGUCUAUAAACAAACUCUUGAGCCAUGCUUUUGAAGCCGGUUUGUUUGUAGAAACGGAGCGACUGGCGGAGUUCAAGAGUAGGGUUAGGCGUGAACAAAAGUACGGCCGGUCCUCGAAUACCGGAAAGGAAGCACUGGAACUAAGUGACUUCCGACCGUGCAUUGUUAUUUGGGUGGUCGGAAUCGGCCUCAGCUUCCUCGCGUUUGCAGUUAGUCACGUGGUUGCCCACUUCCACCCACCGCGUUCUCGCAUAACUCGGCACGCUGUUCACCGGGUCAGGUGA